UUCCAGCUUCACACUUUACCACAGAAAGCAUGACACAGCGCUUGUUGGCGUGAUGUGUUGACUUUUAGUGGUUCGGUUGUUUUUUAUGUAACCAAAUUUUGACAUGUUUUAUGCCACAUUUUUAAUUGUCUGCUAUUGAUAGGAAAUCUCAACGUUUAAGAAUACACUUCAAAGAUGCCGCCACGCGUCGAUGACGUGAUGAAGCUCUGUUGCGAACUAUCCGCAAAUCAACAAGUAAAGACAACAGUGAAGCAGUCUGGGAAGGGGGCAGUGGCAGCUGGUGGUCUGGCUUUUGCAGGAGGAUUAUUAGGGGGUCCUCUAGGCAUUGCAGUGGGUGGUGCUGUUGGCGGCCUGCUUGGAUGUUGGAUGACCAGUGGACAAUUUAAACCUCUACCCCAGGUUAUCAUGGAACUGACACCAGACCAGCAGAAGAGACUUUAUGAGGAUAUUGCUGCCAUCCUAGACUCCAUAACAUGGACUGAUGUUGCACAGUUAACUGCCCUUGUAAUGGGAAAUGCCACACUACAGCAGCAGGUGACGGCAGCCCUUUUGGGCUAUAUUCAUAGGGAGCUUCAAGCUGAAGUGCACUAUGUAGACUGACAUUUUCUCACCAUCAUUUCAAUGCCAAUCAGGUGUCAUAAAGGUUAUGGGUUAGAUGCUUGAGUACUGUAGUUAGAAUUUGCUGAAAUGUUUGAUAUGGUACACUUGAAUCGGAUCAUCAAUGAUAUUUUUCCUAAUCUAAUGGUAUCAUGUUUGGUUUCAUUUUAGGACAUGUGUACUGUAGCCAUGGAUUUAAUUAUGCGAAUAGUUCAGAAAAUAUGUGAUUAUGCUUUUGUUCAGUGCUGACUUGAAUUUUAUCUGAUUAUGAAAUGAAAUAUAUUUUGUCUUCUGGAAGAACUGUUUCUAGAUGCAUGGCCAGUAAAAAGCCUCAAAAACA